AUGAGCACCUCGAAGCGCAGAAGCGGCCCUGCAGGCUCGCCCGAUGACUUUGCGGCCACGCCAGAUCCCAAGCGACGCAAGCGUAACGACGACACCCACUUUCCAGACGUCGAGACUCGAGAAACCACCUCGGAACUCGGACUGAAACUGGUGCGGCAGUUGAAGAAGUCCCAAGACAAGAACGGGCGCAAUGUCGCGGUGCAUUUUAUCGACCUCCCCAGCAAGACCGACUAUCCCGACUACUACCAACAAAUUGCGAUGCCGUUAUCCCUGAACAUGAUCGAGCAGAAGCUGGAAAAUCUAGAGUACGACACAAUGGAGCAGCUCGAAUCCGACUUGAAGAGAAUGGUCCAGAACGCGAAGGAUUACAACCAUAGCAGAUCACCCAUAUUCGAGGACGCCGAGCGUAUCCGAAAGGCAUUGUCGAAUUUCAUGCCAAAGCAUAACCCGGCGUACCUACGCUCAGAUUAUCGCGCAUAUCCCACACCACUUCCGCAAGACCUGCUUGAACACCAGAGAGAGUCUUCGACUGCGUCAGAGGCCAAUGUCCACGCCGAGAAAGUCAAGUUGGUCUUUUCCAAGAGACGUCGAAGUGAGGUCACGCCGGCUUCGCCUAGUGUGAAGGACGACGUGAGACAGGAUCAGUUGAACUUCUUGAAUGAGUUAUCGGCACACGAAGAUGCAAUUAAUUUCGAGGAGAGAGUUUCCAAGAAGGACUACCCUGACUAUUACAAGCUCAUCAAGAAGCCCACCUCGAUUUCAGACGUACGAGCCUUGGUGGAGAAAGAUGCUCUUCCAGACUGGGACGCUUUGGCAAAAGAGGUCCGAUUGAUUUGGGACAACGCAAAGGAGUACAACCAAGAAGGAUCCGACAUCUACAUCAUGGCAGAGAAGCUCGAGUCGUGGUCGGAACAAAGAUUGCAAUCUCUUGGUGCUGGACCUCGGCGAAAUCUCAAACUGUCUCUAUCCCAGCCAAAGCCGAAAGCCCUCAGAUUGACGAUAGGUUCUUCUACGCCAACCCCGACUCUGGUGGGCGGUACGAUCGACAGCGAAUCUCUCCGACGACAAAAGGAAGAAACAGGCCAAGCACUGAGUCGAGCACAGAGAGCCAGCUCCAGAGCUGCUCACGUCAAUGGUUCAACACCGGUCCCCGCAAGCACUCCACCCAGCAUUCGACGUAGUGUAUCGCGGGCUACCGAGCAGCGUGAUGUUGUCACGACCGAAGCCAAGGCCAAUGGGACAGCUACUCCGCAACCUCAGGCGCAGGAACCGGUCAAGGCGCCUCAGCCUUCAGUUCCUCCGCGGCAGAUACCCACCCCUGUCGAAGAAGUCGACACUCCUGGGCCAGUUGCACCCCUUACAAACGGAGCCCGUAGCCAGGAUCCUCCAACGCCACAAUCUGGUAACCUAUCAUCCUACAACCAGUCCGUCAUACCCUUUGAACGUCGAGGCCGUGAUCCCGGAAAAGGUCUCGAGUCUGCGCUUCUCGGUUCUGUCAUUUUCAUGACCAACCCUCUCGUCCCCAAGGAUCCGAAAUGGAAACUGAUACGCCGAGCUUCACCCAUUAAGACACAAACAACUGGCUUCAUAGGCCUGCCGGCCAAUUACCGUGAUGUUCGGGUCAUACCAGUGACUACGCCCGAGCUGAAAUCCCGACGAAGACAUCGAAUACUCUUCACGCAUAACGCGCACGUCUAUCGAGAGCCAAACUCGACUGUUCCCGAUGCAUACGAUAUCAGAUUGUACCCAGGAGAGAACAUCUUGUCGGUUGAGGUUUUAGCAGAUCUUAGAGAAGGGGAAAAGAAGGAAUACGCGCCGCCUCAAUUGCAAUUCGACUUCGAAAAGUGCACGUUGAUUAUUGAUCUGAGCAUGCAAAGCUCUUGA